AUGGUGUUUGCCUCAACAGACCCGUACCUUGGGGAGAAGGCGGGAGGAGGCACGGGGGGCGUGCUAGGGUUCCUGCUGCUGGGGGCGCUCAUCUACUUCUGUUGCUUCAAGGGCAAGGGAAAGGGACUUGGAGGGAAGUUCCAGGGGCUGCCGUUUGGAGGUCGCAGGAACCAGGCUCCUGGUGGGGGCAUGGCUCAGGACGGCGCAAGCUUCCCCAUGAACGACCCCAACUUCAUCCCCAACCAACAAUACUCGGAGCCUCCUGGCCAGCCUGGUCAACAGCCGCCACCGUACUCGCCUCAGUACCAGCCUGGCGCUCCCAACGCGUAGGCGUGCUUGUCGCCGCUCCUGCGCCUGCUGCCAUGAUGCCCAUGCCUUGCUUUUUAUAGUUCAUAAUCUGGUUGAUUCUGCACCACGUAAUCUUCGGAAGAUUUAUUAUAUAUCUAUAUACGUUUUAAUUGGAUUAUUUUUUAUCAAAAAUUUUAUUAUGUUAUUCUAUUGGCUCGAAAUAUUAUGGAACUUGUUAGAAAAAUUUAUGAAGAAUUCUAUUCAAGAGUUUUAUUCUAUAUCAUAAGCUUUCGAAGUCGAAGUCUAGCUAUUUUAUCGUAUGACAAUUGAACUCAAAUUAAACUUGGCACGACUAGAAUUGCUAAAAAUAAUUUGCACAUGUCGCACAAAGUUGAAUUCCAUAAUUUAAUUGAUAUUAUAUAUAAUGCGCUGAAGUAACUUGCAUUUUAUAUUUAGGAAAAAGUUGUGUACUCCAUUAUCUUGCUUCUUUAGGAUACGUUUAGUGUGAUUGUAUCCAUAGAUAUUCCGUAGCUCUGUUCUUGAGGCUACUGAUCUGUGCUGCUUGGUCACAAACCGGUCUUUUUAUCCUAUGAUUUUCCCCUUGUUAUUUUACCACAGGAAUAUUAAAACGAAUUAAUCGCAUGGAAUUGUAUUUAAAAUUAAGUUCUUUAAUGUUAUCAUAAACUGACGGAAUAUUCCCAGGGUUAAUGUUAAAAAUAACAUUGUUCUGUACUGUAAAAUUAAUGAAGUGAGUAAUGAAAUAUGUUCGUUUUAGCUGACAUAAGGACGUUUCAUCUUAUUACGCUUUUUAUAUGUAUCUCAUCAAUGAUUAGAUUGUAGAAGUAGGUAUAAUCUAUUCAGUUAAAAAAUUCUCGUUGAUUUUGCUUUUGGUCUUGCCUUUGAUCAUUUUUAAUGGUCUUGUUUUUAUGUUAAUUUGGACUUUGUUUGAUGCGCGCGAGGUCAUGAAUCUCAUAAACUCAUGUCACAUAAUAAUGAAGUAUAUAUAUUGUCGCAAUUGAUUUCUAUUUGUCAAUCAGAUUUAUACAAGAAUAUUUGACUGUCGUUUUCGCUACGACCGAGCUCCUUGAAACCAUGAAUCUCGAAAUAAUUCUCCCUCAUUGUGUAUGUGAACUUGAGAUUAGCUUAUAAGUCUCAAGGCUAAGACUUUACAUGUAGAAUAUAGAUACGCUUACAGUAGAUCACAAAUUUAGUGUUGCUGUUGCUUACAUCGUAGUUUUACGGUAAAAUAUUAGUACUAUCGUGUUGAAACAGAUUUCUUUUGCAUGAUUUUGUAACACUAUCAUAACGGAAACUUUGAAGGAAGUAACAUGUGUAACACAUGUUUACCACCAUGACUAGAAUUAGAUGACCUACAGUAAUUAUCUUGUUCUAAUGACUAAGACGUGCGGUAAUUAUUUGACUCAAGCGACUAUAACGUGCGGUAAUAGCCCCUACUCAAAUGACUAAAACGUGCGGUAAUUGUCAUGACUGAAAUCAGAUAACUCUUGUAUUAAUACCUAAUUACAUGCCUUGUUUCGUAUGUUCUUAGAAGGGAAAAAUAAUCUUGUGGCUUUUGCGUGGUCAGAGCGUCAAUUGUACAGAUCUGUUGUCUUCCUUUCUCUGCUUCUCUCGUACAAGCGGUGACAUCUACUGUAUGCCACCUCAUGUAAGAAUGUCUUUGUUUCUGUCACUGUUAGUCUGUUCCUUCUUCCUCUGAUAAAGAUGCUAAUGCUACUGAAGACGUUCAGUCCGCUGUCGGCCAUUGAUGAUGGUCAAGAUUUUCCAGGGAGCAACAGAACUGCAUAGCUCAUGCGCCUGUGAUAGUUAGACUUUGAUUGCAAUAUUUGUUCUCGAAGAAUAAAUCUGAAAGUAAAUAUACCUAGAGCUCAGAAAAAAAUCACCUUACAACAUUAUCUUUUUAACGCUCUCGUCCGUCCCACUGUUGUAUUUCCGAGGAAACUCGUCAAAUUUUCAAAUGUUGUUUGGACUUCCCACUGCCUAGAUAUAUACUUCUUAACGUUUCAGCCUACACCGAUUAUAUGGUUGUAGUCUAAUCUAAUGUUUUGUCUUGCAUCCAGCAUUUAUAAUCGCCAUGCUAUUUUUGUCUAUUUCUGUGAUGAAGUGACAAUGUGUCGCUGUACGUUGGGCUGCCAUGCGCAGUAGUAUGCCUGUCAAUAGCUGUUAUAUCGAGGAUAAGAAUGCAAGCUAAGCUUGCAUGUCUUCUUAUGACCAAUUUCUCGCGUGAUCUUGCGUUCAUUUAUAGAGUUUUCUAUUUUAAAUUGUGGUCACAGGUUUGUCAUCUUUUGUGUAUUAUUUCAAAUCCUCUCUCUUAUUUUCAAAAAUUCUUUAUUUCUUCAAUCUAUGAACAUCUUCAGAACCGACGACCGGCGGAGAAUAAAAUAGGAUUGCCACUUUGAUUUCUAUCUUAAUUUUUUUCUAACACUGUUAUCUCUUUGGUCUCAUUUACUCUAUUGGGGUGAUGCACAAUACACACACGCGCUUCCUUGUCUCCUUGCGUAAGGGUAUAUUUUUCUUUAAUCUGAUUUUUGAGGUCUAUGUUAUUACUUAUUUCUUGUGGGCAAGAAUCGCGGUGCCCAGAUUGUUCGUCAUCUCCAGUAUAGUGUUUUCCAUUAUUCAUCUCCUGUGCUCUUUAUUCGAAUGAUAUUAUGAUAUUUCGAUCUCUAUUCUCUGAAUGAAAUUGCUGUAACGCUAUUUCAAAUAAGACUAGGUCCAGGUAUAUGAACUAGAAAUACUCUCUUGAUACAUGCUCCGAUUAAACGAACAUUCAUUCCUGCUUUUAUGCAUACAUGCGUUAAAGAAUUGUAAACGUCUUCGCUCAGGCGUUUGCUCGAGAGCCUACGGAGUUACGGCAGCUUUUUCAUGGAAAUUAAAAGUAAUAUUUUUGUGCAAUUUUUAAUCUCUAUAUUAAGUGUCUUUUUGAGUCUGAAAAUUUUAAAUUUUAAGUCUCUCAUCGCUUUAUAUUCCGAUGCUGAAUCUCUUUCGAUAACAUCCGUAGUCAAAUGUUUUAAAUGUAAUGAUCGGACACAUGUUUCGUUAGCAGCUAACUUGAAUGAUCCAGUCGAUAAUUUACCCAUCAUGACUGGAUGGUUUACUUAUUACUCACUCGCCUAUCGUGACUGACGUGUAUUAGAUUAAGUUUUAUGUGAAUGACAUGCAACGUUCUUAUCAACAUUAUUGCUAUUAGAAACUUGUACGUAAAUCAUCGCUACCGCCAACUGCCAUCUCAAUAUUGAAAUUUGUCACGAUAAUGAUUGAUAGCUUUACACAAUUUCUUUUUCUUGCGAUUCUGCCCAUACCCUAUUUUUGUCUCCUGGCUUUCACCAUUCUGCCCUGACUAUUCAUUCUCCAUUUCUUAUUUCCUUUCUGCUAUUACCACCUGGUGUUCAAUUUCCAACGGUACCUUUUUUUUAUUCUUAAUAUCACAAAGCAAUCGUUCGGUUAUGCAAACUCUCGCUUUGCAUGGCAAAUUAUGCAAUGCUUAAAAAAUGCAAGUGCAAUCGCUGCUUCGGGAUUGCACUUGCCUGUUCCCCAGGAUUCUUCACAUUCUUGAAUCCCAUUCACAAGUUGAGGUAGCUUUGUCUGCGAUUAUUUGUAUUUUUUUUUUAAAUUUGCAUUUUUUUGGAUGGAAAACCAUCCAUGGCGGUCUUACCAAUGCUCAGAUUUGUUGUAACGGAAUUGUGAAUCAUCUGUGAUUUGAACGUUUCGUUGAAUGUUAUUUAAUGAAUAUUCUUGUACAACUUGCUGUUAAAGUUAACUAUGUUGAGCAAUAAAUGAAACUGUUAUUUAAUUCUAGCACGAAUUGAGUUCUCUUCAAAUUUAUGUACAAGUUGAUGAAUAUUUUAGAAUCUAUUAACUCUCGGCAAUACACUGUUUGAAAUAUUGUCAUAAAAUGUUUAACCGUUUGAGCUUAUUCGUUUGCGAUUUAAGUAUAUAAUAUCGGCGCGUUUGUGCAAUUAUUAAUUAAUGUGGCACUCAAAUCAGUAAGGAGAUCCAGCCAUUGGCUCGGUACGUGGACGUGUUUAUAAUAAACGUUUGAAACUAUUCGAUGCAAUGCGCUAGUAUUCAACUAUUUCGUUGCUGUCAUGAGAUAAUUUUUUUCAAUUUUUGAUUGUCAAGUUUUUUAAUAUAAGCUCCUGAAUAAAGAGUGCAUGAAAAAUCGUAAUGGAAUGCGUUAUAUUCUUACUAUCACUUGAAAAUGUUUCGUGCAUGUAUAAUUCGUCAGCAGUACCGUCGAUGACACAACCAUGAAUAACAUGAACUUUUAACCCAAGGAACUCGUCUCUGCUCUAUUAAUUAGUAACUACUGGUGGCGCGGACAAAUUUCACUUAAAAAUCCUUAGAAUUCGGUUUUUUGAGCAUUUGUUUCCCCUUGCAUGCCGGCGCCGGAAUUCGCUCUCUUUUUACCUGACUAAGUUGCAACUUAACCUUUCGUUCCCUGAACCUUUCUUUUUUAGCAAGUGGACAAAAGCUUUAGCUGGUGAACUUAGACAUAAGUUUUUCCAACUAAACGUGACCUAGGAUUGUUUAUUUCUCUCACCCUAGCUAGCUCAUUCAUUUUAAUGGAAACUCAUUAAACAUAACCUUGAAA